AUGCUGCAGACCCUUUGGCAUUUUCUGUGUAGCUUCCUUCCCAGGGCCAUAUGCCAAGGUCCUGCAGAUGAAAAAGAGGAUGAGGCCAGAAACACCACUCCACUUCCAGGCCCCAGGGAGAAAGGGCCAAAGAUGUUGGGGAAGCCACAGGACAGAGGGACUGAUCCCACUGAAAGGAGACCAACUAUCCUACUGGUGGUUGGACCCGCAGAGCAUUUUCCAAAGAAAAUAGUGAAGGCUGGAGACAAGGACCUGGAUGGACAGCUGGAUUUUGAGGAAUUUGUUCACUAUCUCCAGGAUCAUGAAAAGAAGCUGAGACUGGUCUUCAAGAGUUUGGAUAAGAAGAAUGAUGGCCGUAUUGAUGCCCAGGAGAUUGUACAGUCUCUUCGGGACCUGGGAGUCAAGAUUUCUGAACAGCAGGCUGAGAAAAUACUGAAAAGAAUAAGGACGGGACACUUCUGGGGUCCUGUCACCUACAUGGAUAAAAAUGGGACAAUGACAAUUGAUUGGAAUGAGUGGCGAGACUAUCACCUGCUGCACCCAGUGGAGAACAUUCCUGAAAUCAUCCUGUACUGGAAGCACUCCACGAUCUUUGACGUAGGAGAGAAUUUGACCGUCCCUGAUGAGUUCACAGUGGAAGAGAGACAGACAGGGAUGUGGUGGAGACAUCUGGUUGCAGGUGGAGGUGCAGGUGCCGUAUCCAGAACCUGUACAGCUCCCUUGGACCGCUUGAAAGUGCUCAUGCAGGUUCAUGCCUCCCGCAGUAACAACAUGUGCAUCGUUGGCGGCUUUACUCAAAUGAUCCGAGAGGGUGGACCAAGGUCACUGUGGCGAGGGAAUGGCAUCAAUGUGCUGAAGAUUGCACCGGAAUCGGCCAUUAAGUUCAUGGCCUAUGAGCAGAUCAAGCGGUUCAUUGGUACCGACCAAGAGAUGCUGAGGAUUCACGAGCGGCUGUUAGCUGGUUCUCUGGCUGGGGCCAUUGCACAGAGCAGCAUCUACCCGAUGGAGGUUCUGAAAACACGGAUGGCUCUAAGGAAGACUGGACAAUAUUCAGGCAUGUUGGAUUGUGCCAAAAACAUCCUUUCGAAGGAAGGAAUGGCAGCCUUCUACAAAGGCUACAUCCCCAACAUGCUAGGAAUCAUUCCGUAUGCUGGUAUUGACCUGGCAGUCUAUGAGACACUAAAAAAUGCCUGGUUGCAGCGCUAUGCUGUCAACAGUGCUGACCCUGGAGUCUUUGUUCUGCUGGCCUGUGGCACCAUCUCCAGUACCUGUGGACAGCUUGCCAGUUACCCUCUGGCUCUUGUGAGGACACGCAUGCAGGCGCAAGCGUCAGUGGAGGGUGCUCCCGAAGUGACGAUGAGAGGACUGUUUAAACACAUUCUGAAGACAGAGGGAGCAUUUGGUCUUUACCGAGGUCUGGCGCCAAACUUUAUGAAGGUGAUCCCGGCUGUGAGCAUCAGCUACGUGGUUUAUGAAAACUUGAAGAUGACUCUGGGCGUGCAGUCACGGUGA